AUGGCAGAGCCUCCUCCAACAUCGACCCCUUCGCCCUCCAACGCUGCGGGUAUCCCCUCAUCAUCCGCUUCACCCGCAAGUCCGGCUGUUCCUUCGUCUUCGUCUGCUCCAUCCCCCGCAGCGCCUCCCACCCUCGCAUCUGACCCUCUUCCGAAGCCUUCAUCCAAAGAACCUCUUACGGGUUUCCGAGCAUCGCUCGAACAUACCGGUAUACCCCGUUCUGUCCUUCUCUGGAAACCGCGCCUCCCAUCUCGGAAUUGGACCAUCUUUCUCACUGUCGUCGGAACCAUCUCGUAUCUCUACUACGAUGAUAGGAAACAAUGUAAGAGGAUCAAGGAGGAAUAUCUCGAAAAAGUGAGGUAUAGGUCCAUGGAACCUACGAAGUAUAGCUUGGAACUUCCUCGAAAAGUCAAAGUGAUCGGUGCCAAAUGGCCAGAGGACGAUGAUGAUGAUAGGGCAUUGAGGUAUUUCAGGAAAUACGUCAAGCCUUACCUCAUGGCCGCUGCGAUCGACUAUGAGCAAAUGAGUGCACCGCUACAUGGAUCCAUCACCCGACAGCUUCAGAAACAGAUUCUACAACGCCGUCGAAGAGCUUUAGGUCUCGAGGCGGCCUUUGAAUCUGCACUACCUCUCCCUGUCCAGGUUGAUCCGAAAGAAGCCGAGCAACGCGAGAUGGAAGGUGGGACGGUGAUCGUCGGGCGAGCGUCCCUGAAGGAGUAUAUGGAAGGACUGAAGCGUGGUUGGCUGGGUCGCGUUGAUGAUUGGGAUUGGGAGAAGAGUAUAGGCGAGACUUUGGAAAAAGAUGGAAUGUUUGAAAAGAAGGUUGAUGUGUUUCCAGAACCCGAGGCAGACGCUCCUACUCCUUCGGAUCAACCUCCACCGCCAGCUUCGACCUCAACCUCAACUUCACCCUCACCCUCUUCACCGCUUUACCCUCCUCCACCAUCCAGUACUGGACUUUCCAGCAGUCUCUCCUUCCUCUCUCGACCUCCACAACCCCGACCUCAAUCUCCUAUGCCAUAUGGAUCUUCCCCUGGCGCCGGUUCCUCGGCCUCUCCUCCGCCUAUUCCUGAGUCGAUGCACACUCCUCCAUAUCCUCUCCCACCUCAACCCCCCAUCUUGUUCGUGCCGUUCGUCUCUCGUCUAGGGUUCAAACAAGUCCCAUGGAUGAUUUACGAUUUCUUCACCGAAAGACACAGGGUCAAAUCUGGUGCAGAAGCUGCUCUUGCUCUGAUCGAAGCGCAGACCAGGGACUUCAGAGGACCCACAGGGGCUGUCAGCUCGUCAUCAUCCUUCUCAGAACCAAGCAGAGAACCCGACACGGACUUUGAGACCGCCUCCGAAUCAUGGUACAAGAAAGCUUUCAAAGAUCUGCCCGAACGCAUGGCCACCGCUCGAAAGGAUUAUAAUGCGAAAUUGGCAGAAAGGGUCCAAGACGUGUAUGAUCUCGAGGAUGGCAAGAGACAAUUGACAGAUGCCGAGAUGAAAUCGACAAAAUCACUCACUACCAUCCAAGAUUUGAAGGAUGAAAGGAAGAAGAAGGAAUUGCGAUGGAUGGGCUCCGAGGAGGGAUACGACAUUGUCAAGCCUGACACACCAGUAGCAUGGGAUGAGCGUUUUGACGGAUGGUUAAAAGUGUACGAAUUGCCAGCGGGAUGGGUUCCAGAUAGGCCUCAGGAUCUGAACGACGCUAUUCCACACGAGGUGUAG